CAGAACAGGAAGGAGAAACUUUGACGGCCCUCGAUAGCGCGACUUUGCCGCGGGCGUCCGGUGAGUAACAAUUGCAUCGAUUCCAAUCGGCGUUGGAAAUGCCAUCCCCUCCCUGGCCAGUUUGCAGCUUCGAUAUCCGAUAGCAAUAUACGAAAUCAAUCGGAGUCGCUCAAGUGGCACCGAAACUGACUCAGAAUUGAUGUUAUUUCUUCACUUUCCCUUUUCUCAAUCAGUUCAUCACGCCGAAAUGGAUGAGGCGCACACUGCCUAUCCACGGAGUCGCGGCGAUGAGAGAUCCAACGAAGCCGAGGAAAGAUAUGAGGUGUCUUCGCCGAGACCUGCCAGUGAUGCGAGUCUAAAUCAACGGGUUGACGUUGAUGUACCCCACACUCCAACGUCAAGGGCGGUGCUACGAAAUGUCACUCCGCCAUCUACCCCUGAGACCGAGCGGCGGAGGGCAGCGGACUCGCCCGGCAAUCCUUCAGAGAAUAGGAAUCCCCUUCCACCUACUCCAAGCAAUGAGCAGCGAGAUUUCGUCGGCGUCAACUCGCAAAACGAGGUCCUUCCUACCCUCGCGUACGAUUCUGGUCGAUCGCCAUCGGUUCCUCCACCCAUACGGCCGAGAGACGUUAUGCCAGACGUGGAUGGGGACGACUUAUCCCGCGGCAUCAAGAGCGUGGUCCGUUUCAAAUGCUACACACUGCAGACUUUCGACAUGACGCCGCUGAAUCACGUGGAGUUCCACAAUCUGCGUGCAUUUUUCAGUGCCUCGCACGAUUUCAGGCGGGGCCACGCUCACCCUCGGAAUGAACAAACGAUCGCCAAAUCGCGCGAAAGGAUUUGCGGUUUCCUAGGAUGGCUGAAAGCGUCGGGACGUUGUCGAACUCCAUCCUUUGAGAAUUUCGAAGACGUUGACCUGUUCUUGGAAAAGUAUGUAGACGGAUAUCUCGGCCGUGUCAGAGGUCUGAGCGCUGGUAGUAAAGGCAAUCAUCUGAGUAGCGCCCUCGACGUGUUGCGAUACCGCGGCACAACAGAAGAGGCAUCCGGUAGCGGAGCUGAAGCGAACUUGAAGAUCCGCAAGUUGAUGCGAGCUCGUAACAAUUUACAGACCUUAGCGGAAAGGGAAAGGAACGAUGAGAAAUACUCUGAACCUCGGGGCAUUGUCAUCUGGGAACAGGUUCGUUUCCAGAUUGUUGAAACAUUUGUCAACGUUGGCGUAUUGGCGGGUCUGGCAUAUUGGCGCGUAUGUGAUGACAAUAUGCUCUUCCAGGUCCUCGAAGCCGUUCACCGUCAAUAUCGGGCGCUGCUGGAACUAUGGGGUGCGACCUCGGAUGAGCCUAUUAAAGCUUUGGCUGCCGAAGCUCAGGCAUUCGUUGCGUUGUCGUUAUACACGGCGUUGCCACCUGCAAGGUCGAAAGAAGUCCGACUGCUCUGGGGCUGCAUCUUACCCGAGUCCGAGAGUCGGGGGUCAUCGCAAAACCAUAUAACUACCUCUCAUGGGCGUUAUGUUGCAGUCAUGAGUGAUUAUAAAAACAGAUUAUCGAACGGCAUGCAAGAUAAAAUAGAACUGCCAAAGGAUGAGGAAGUUCUAUUGAAAUAUCUUCUGUGGCUCAUGCGUGCGGAUGUUCGCCAACUUACGACGUGCGGUAAAGAUCAUGGAUUGCUAUUCUGCAAGCGCAGUGGGGACGCAUUCGAUGAUGCCAGUCAAUGGACUGCGUAUAUCUCCGGUCUUGUGGAGAAGCAUUCGGGCAUUCCGCAUGUUGGGCCGAAUGCUUUGCGACAUGCUUUCGCUACUUUCGUGGAAUCUUCGGACGGGUUGGACCAUCAGCGCCUGAGAGAAUCGGCUAGCCGUGCGAUGCGGCACACCGUCAGAAUGCAGCAGCUCGUGUACAACGACGCGGGCUCUAUCGAGCGGAAACGCAAAGCUGUGGACUUUGCGACGGACACAUUUAAGAGGGCUGUUCUCGGUUUCAACAAAGGGACAGAAGGCGCUUCUUCCCCUCGCUACGUCAUCCCGCCCAUUGGGGCAGUGGUGGGGAUUGAGCAGAGCGACGGGCUGCCUGGCUUCGCUAAGCUUGUACGGCUCGAAGCCAACACCGAGGGCCUUUUCCUGGCCUUGCAGCGAUCGCAACCCGGGGGAACAUCUGCAGAUGGGGUCAUCUUCACUGCCGACGCACGGGAUGUUCUACGCAAGAGCAUCCCGAGAGAUAUCGUCUGGCCGCUCGAUUAUGACAAUGUAGGGAGCGACUACCUAGUGCGAACGACUUCUAAUACAGUGAAGGACGCGUUGGAAGCCCAACGCGGGUGAGACCGAUGUCCCAUCUGGAGACUCUUCGUAGGCCCUACACCUGACUCUGCAGCGCCGCUUGGGCCCCGCCUUCCCUGUGCACUCAUUCGAAAUGUAAGUUGACCAUGGCAAAUAUGUCAGACCAGGC